AUGCAGAUCUUCGUGAAGACGCUGACGGGGAAGACGAUCACCUUGGAGGUCGAGAGCAGCGACACGAUCGACAACGUCAAGACCAAGAUCCAGGACAUGGAAGGUAUCUCGCCGGACCAGCAGCGCCUCAUCUUUGCCGGGAAGCAGCUAGAGGACGGCCGCACCCUGGCCGACUACAACAUCCGGAAGGAGUCCACGCUCCACCUGGUUCUGCGCCCGUGUGGCAGCGGCGGCAGGAACGGCUGCUACCCCCGUAACGUUGACCUCAAUCUUCGAAACCUGGCGCUGCAGCACAACGAGAAGAAUAUGAUCUGCCGCAAGUGCUACGCAAGUCUUCCAAUGAGGGCAACAAACUGCCGGAAGAAGAAAUGUGGCCACAGCAAUCAGGUGAGCCGCGUAAAAAGAAAACCAAGACAAAGUCAGUAAUUGGAGAUAAGGCACAAAAGGACAAUUAAAUAGGCUCCUAGAGACCAACCUAGAAAGAAGUUCAAAGAUGAAGCUGAGGCAAGUGAAGUGCUGCAGCCAAAGAAGAAGGGAUGCAAACAAGCCAAAAAUGUCAAAAAUAAUGACAAAAAGUCAAGCAAGUAGUCAGCCGCCCCUUUCAUGCUGGGCUGAAGACAAGCUUUUGUUUCUAGUUCUGCAUUCUAAGGCUCUCCUUUGCAGGCUCUUGAAUCAGCUGUGUUGGCUUCUUUUUUUCUUCAUGCUCCUAGCCUCUUUUCUCUGUCUUUCAUGUAAACACUUUAAGUGGGUGCUUCUGUCAGUAUUGCUUUCUAGAUGCUCUUAUGUCACUAAGCUGGAGGUUAUUUAUAUAUCCUUCACAAGUUGUCAAUUAAA